UAAAGAAAAAAGCUCAUAUCUCUCUCACACUCUCACACAGAGUCUGUCAAACCCACCCACCGCAGUGCUUAGGCAGUUAUGCCAAAGGCAACCCAGCUCAAAGUCACAUCCUCUCUCUUUCUCUCUCUAACUUUCUCUCUCCCUCUCUCUCUCUCUCUAAAUGGACACGAUCUCACCGACGGCCUCCACUCCCACCCUAAUCAUCCGUCCGCCACCGCCUUUCCCGGCACCGCCUCGCUCCGUCGACCUCUCCGCCCUCGAAUUCAUUCUCGGCAUCAUCGCCGUCAUAGCCAUUCCCGCCCUCAUCUACACCUUCUUCUUCGCCGUCAAAUGCCCUCCCGAUCCCCUCCGCCGCCACCGCCGCCAAACCUCCUCCGACAACCCUCCGGAAAUCCCGGAGCCUCCGGCGGCUGCGGCGGCGGAGACAUCGGAGGUGAAGUACAGCAAGGACACGCACGGCAAGGGCGAGUGUCCGAUUUGUCUGUCGGCGUUCGCGGAGGGUGACGAAAUCAAGAAGAUGAGCGCGUGCGACCACGCUUUCCACCGCGCGUGUAUAGACACCUGGCUGAGCUCUCACCCGAAUUGCCCCGUUUGUCGGGCCUCCGUCGCCGUUAACGUUGACGAUAAUAAGAACCGGCCGAGCGGUGGCGGAAGUGGCAGUGGCAGUGGUGGUAAUAAUUCCAACAACCGGGGGUUGUCUCGCAGUAGAAAUGAUGAUUUGCAUCAAGGUUUGCCCGAUGCUGCCAAUUUGGUUUGAUUGUUUUUGUUUACUCCGUUUGAUGAUGGGAUUACGGUGGGGAAUGCUACACAGAAUAAUUCGCUCUUUUUUUUGCUUUUUUUGUUUGAAUAGGAAAGAGGAAGUAAUUAGAUAUCAAUUAAUUAGGGUCGUUGUUAAUGUUUGCAGAGAGAGAGAGUGAGGAUUGAAGAAAAAAAGAGUAGAAAUUAGAUAAAUAGAAU